CAGCUCUUGCACUCUUGCUGUGUUACAGUAUCACACAUGGCUAAUGAGUCAAGGCCCUGCCCGUGUGAUAUUGGAGACAGGUUUGACUACGGAGGCCGUGGGCAGGAAGUGCAAAUUGAGCACAUCAAGGCAUAUGUUUGCAAACCACCUACGAGCACCGACAAAGCUGUGAUUGUGAUUCAUGAUAUAUUUGGAUGGCAACUCCCAAACACCAGAUACAUGGCUGAUAUGCUAACAACUAAUGGAUACAUAGCCAUCUGCCCAGAUUUUUUUGUGGGACAAGAAGCUUGGAAACCUUCUAAUGACUGGGCGUCUUUCGAUGAGUGGCUGAAAACCCGAAAUGCCGGCAAGACAGACAAAGAAGUUGAUGUCGUCCUGAAGUAUUUAAGGGAACAAUGUGGUGCAAAGAAGAUUGGUGUCAUUGGGUUUUGCUGGGGUGGAGCAGCAGUACACCACCUGAUGCUGAAAAAUCCUCAGUUAAAGACAGGGGUGUCCCUCUAUGGAGUGAUCAGGUUCUUUGAGGACAGAUCCAAUUUGCUUCACCCCACCUUUUUCAUCUUUGCUGAAAAGGAUGACCACAUCCCAUUGGAGCAAGUCACCCUACUGGAGCAGAAGCUUAAAGAAAACUGCAAAGUUGAUUACAAAGUCAAAAUUUAUCCUGGACAGACGCAUGGGUUUGUGCAUCGCAAAAGAGAAGAUAUCAAUCCUCAAGAUAAACCUUACAUUGAGGAAGGGAGAAAAGAUAUGAUCAACUGGCUGAACAAAUAUCUUUAGUAUAAAUCAAUGCCCGUAAGAUAAAUCAA